GCUGGGCGAUGUGACAGGGCUGCACAUGAAUCAACUCUAGUCGGUUCCCUCGUGCUACUUGUAAUUAAGACGCCUGCACAGUCCGAGUCGUUGAUGGCUAUGCUUCGUCUACGCACCACGUACAUGUACUCGCUGAGCUGAAGUGCUAUGGGGGAGGAUGGCCCUACCGGCAAUGCAACAGAAUGUCUUCCCUGCGCCGGGCUCCCCUGCUGAAGGGAAACGCGACGUUUGGCCCGGUGCCGGUGCAGGUGCAGGCUCAGACACGGCAAAAAGGCGCGCUGAUGAUUCGCGCCGCCUGCGAAGGGUGAAGGACUCGAGGGAGCAGCUCAAGAGGAGGACGAGAGCACGCGGCACCAGCAACGCCACCAUCGACACGACGACGAGCAACUCGACCUCGGCCGGUCGCAGCUACACGGUUGCGAAUGUCCACAACGGCGUCAUAUACCUGAGACCUGUAGCCCGCCCUGGAAACCAGCGAGGUCGUCAACCAGAUCCCUUCGUCUUCCCGCCCCAGACGCCGCCCGACAGCGCAACACUCGACAAACUUCGCCCGCUGAGCAAUGAGUGGGAACAGAGUCUCUACGGCUCGCGAACACCCCAUUCGGAACCUACACCGCCGCUACCGGACCUGAGCGAGGGCAAUGCCUUCCAGCAGCACUCCCAAGCCGAUUCCAACGCUGGACGCCCACUCGCACACGCACGCUCGCAUUCCUUCUCCACCGUGGACGACCACACGGCCGCGACGCUCAGCCACGAACCGGGCACCUUCAAAGUGGUGAUUGAGCGGCCGUCGCAUAUGCGCCCGAAGACGGCAGAUACAUCGUCAUUCCCGCUGCUGCAGGUACCCAUACCGCAUUACCGCUUGGGCACUCCGCGUUUCAGCACACGAGGGACCGCCGACCUGCGCUCCUCAGUCUACACCCGAACCUCAGGCGCCGAAGACUUUGCGAACUCGCUCCUGACCCCACAGCGAGGGGUGCGGCAGUCGUUUCUGUCGUCGCGCCCUCGUUCAGACGCCUACUCGCCCGUCCCCCACCGCUUCCGCGCCACUAUGGACCGCCCGCCAAUGGCCCCCUCCGGUCCCUCUUCAGCGCGUGUCUCCCAUAUGCCUAUUAGCCCCCGACUCUACGAUUCCCUCACCACCAACCCCGACGACCGCGCUGUUGUGCGAUUCAAUGCCGACGGCGACAUCCUCGCAGCCACCCCUUCACGACUCGUUGCACACAUCACCUCUCCCAGCUUCCUGGAUUACGAACUCCUCUCUGACUUCUUCCUUACUUUCCGGGCCUUCCUCUGCACCCGAGACCUCGUCGCAUACCUCAUCUCCCGCCUACGAUGGGCCGUCGACCGCCAAGACGACUUUGGGCGCAUUGUCCGUGUGCGCACCUUCGUAGCCCUCCGCCAUUGGAUCCUGAACUACUUCGUCGACGACUUCAUGCCCUUUUACUCCCUACGGACCAACUUCUGCGACCUCGUCAACAGCCUGUACAACGAUCUCCGGAACCGAGAGGACGGAGGUGGGGGUGACAUUAAGAUUGUCGGGGAACUGAAGAAGUGCUGGAGGCGGACGUGCGCGUUAUACUGGGAGACGGAAGACCACAUUGGCCAGAACUUUGCAGAUGACGAAUUGCUCCCAGGCGGAUACGAUGGAUCGCAAGCGGCAUACGAAGAGCCUCCUCCAGCGAUUCCAUUACCCUCAACUCCUCCACGAGCCAACAUCCGGGACACCAAGGAGACCAUCGGCUCAAAUCCAAGCGACCACUUUGCCAGCCGGCAUAUGGACUGGGCGCAGAGAGCACGACACACGCCUCAAAACUCCAUGAGCUCGCCUUACAUUUCGCAAGAAUACGAGACUGCCCAGAUACCCCUAUCGCCCGCCAGUGAGCAGAGCAUGCACGUCCUAUCCUGUUCAAUACCCAUGCGGCACAAACAUGACCAGGCCGUCGAGCUUCCCCUAUAUCCACACCCAGUACUGGUCACCAACCCAGCUCCCACCGGCACCGCCCGCUUGACAGCUAGUCCGCAACAACCAGCAUCCAUCAAGAACGCCCAUCGCCCAUCGCAUGGUCAUAAGCGCAGUGGCAGCUUUACUGAUGCUCUUCGAGAUAGCAGAGCGCCACUCUCCAUUCCCAAAAACGCACCCGCAGAUUUUGCCAUGUCUGCUGUCACGAACAUGCCCGGCACACUGGUACGUGGAGGACUCUUCCAGCCCAGCUCCCCGUAUUUCGAGAUCAGAGCUCUACGCCCUUCACGGUCUCAGUACCUGCACGACAUCGAAGAUGCAGAAGCGAACGAAUUCCAAAGACCAGGGCACGCCACUUCUCCUGGCAUGAAGAAGAUCUUCGGCAGCGUACGCCGCGCGCUAAGUACCCGGCAGCAAAUGAGUCCAAGCCCUCAACCAGGUAGCGUUGGGCAACAACGGCAGCCGCCAUACGUGCGAGCCUCUAACCCGGGCGCCAUGUCCUCAGUCUCCAUCUCAGGAGGCGUACACAAGCGACGCCCCACUCGACCAAAGCCUCAGAUGCGUAUCGAUGUUCUGGCCGCCGCAGUCGCAGAGAGUUUCAGAGCGGCUGUCCAAGAACAGCUUGAGAGCGAAAGCCAGGAACAAGGUCUCGAGCCCCCCGAUCUAGGUGGAUUCGAGUUUGAGUUUGACAGGCGUGGUACCCCAAAUCAUACCGAGCAGCAGAAAGCACAGGAUCCACGCGUACACAGCGCCAUCACUAGUGGCAGUAAGUCGAUAGUGAUCAUUGACGACACCGGGCCACCACCCUUGCCAGUCAUAUCGGAUACCCUGGCACCCGAUCUCGACAAGGUAGCAAUAAAGUUGGAUAGUCAUCAGCAGGAGGAAGCAAACAACGUUCAUUUGGCAAGUGAGGAUGUUGCUCCAGUACGGCAUUCCGAGCUCUAUGACGACCCAGAACCUCGACCAGCAACAGCAACAGAAGAGCACCGCUAUUCGCGUAUGUCGAUCAAACGACCCACCACCCGACAAACAAGGAGGUCCAUGUCUGCAGGUCCAGAAAGGAUGCAUUCCUUCCGACGCCGGGGGUCGGGCAAGAACUCUCUGGCGCGGGCAGGCUCUCUCCGCCGGCAUGCAUCCUACAAUAGCGUGCUCAGCAGACGUCAAGGCCCCGCGAGUAUUGCGACAUUCCAAACCAUGUCAUCAGACAACGAUCCCUUCUUCCUCGAUCGCCAACCAGCGCCUGAUGCUAGUGGGCCUGGACGUCAGCUUCGUAGACGUCCGGGUGGUGAUCUUCGCGCUGCAGGAAACAUCCACGAUCUCGAAUUUUCGCAGCGCCCACACUCUACCGGCUCAGUCUCUAACCACACGCAUUCGGUCACCAAUUCGGUUAUUCUACGAUCUGAUCGUUUCGUCGAUUCGGAAGCAGAGGUUCAGCCCGUCACAGAAGGGCCAGCCGAGGCUGAGAUUCCAAAGAAACCAAUCUCACUGGUCGACACACACUCUUCGCAGCCCAAUCUAAGACCGUCUUUCGAAGCAGAAGUAGCUAAGCUUGCUGCUCUCCCUGACGACACGGAUGAUGAAGGUGGCGUCGAAUCAGCUCUGAUGAAACUAGAAGGCCGUUACGAGAAGAAGUCGCCUAGCAUUCCUUCCCAACGGACCACUGUUGAGCUAGACUACUAUCGCCCGACUGGCGCUGAUCAACAACGUGCACGAGCUGAUACCUACGAUCAGGGAGGGCGUCCCGAAACCGACGACGUUUUUCAUCGUCCAUUGGCUCCUCCAGAAACAGACGGACAAGAAAUGUACCGCCUAUCCGCUGAGAAUUUCAACCGCCGUGUACCUGCGGUUCAGUCUGUUGGUGAGUCAACCGACUCUUAUUCCUCAAUACCUCUUCUCGACCGGGGCUUGAGCCAGAUUGAAACCCCUCAGCGGGGGCAUACGCUUGAUACGAUGAGGUCCUCCGCCAAACCAUCACCUCUGCAUUUUGCUAGUGUCUCGCCCCAUUCCGAAGGUCCUCCGGGUACAUCUUCGUCGAUGGAAUCCUCUAUUGACUACGUCGUCGAAACAGAGAGCAUGAAGCAGAUACCGCCUGGUGGGACUUUGCCAAGUACCGCCUACCCUCGCGAAUCAUUCUUACUCGACGAAGACGAGGAUCUGAGUGACAGAAGUUCUGGAGGAGGAGCGAGGUCGGGCCGUGAUAGCCACGGCGUGAGGAGUUUCUUCGACGACGAGCCAGCAACACCCGAGGGCGACCCUGACAAUCUCACGCAUCCUAUGCGCCACCCUCCAACACCGCCUCUUACAGGAAACCGGUUGAACGACGAAUUGCCCAGCUCUACAGUCUUCGACCGAGGACUGCCAACACCAGGUCUUACCCCGACAGUCUCUCGCGCGAACCAGCAGCCGUUCACACAGCCUGGACAGCUUGCUGAGUCUCCCGCUGAUCUAGAAGGUCCUCGUCAGAGUGCAGCUCCGACUCGAACUGCACAUUUGCCCUUCAUCUUGGCCCAUGACUCCGAAGUCCUCGCUCAGCAGUUUACCAUUGUUGAAAAGGACGCAUUGGACGAGAUUGACUGGAAAGAACUCAUAGAGUUGCGCUGGAAGCAGUCCUCUCCACAGAUCCGCGACUGGGUGCAAUACCUCCGAACCGAAGAGGCCAGAGGUGUCGACGUCGUCAUCGCGCGAUUCAACCUUGUCGUCAAAUGGGUUGUGUCCGAGGUCCUACUCACGGAGGAUAUCCAUGAGCGUGCGCGAUGCAUCACCAAGUUCAUUCACAUCGCAACGCACGCACGACGAUACCGCAACUACGCUACGAUGUAUCAGAUCGCGAUCGCCUUGAUAUCAAACGAUGUAUCGAGUCUCAAGAAGACGUGGGCUUUGGUUCCCGCAGCCGAGAUGCUGGUCAUGACAGAGUUGGAAGCGCUUGUCCAACCAUUGAAGAACUUCCACAACCUGCGGCUCGAAAUGGAAACAGCAACUGUAGACGACGGUUGCAUUCCCUUCAUCGGUGUUUACACCCGCGACCUCAUCUACAACGCACAGAAGCCCGCCUUCAUCGACGCCCCACCCGCCGACGGCGAACGCCUCGUAAACUUCGACCGCCACCACACCGCCGCCACCAUCGUCAAGAACCUACUCCGCCUCCUCGAAGCCAGCUCUAAAUACACCUUCAACGUCGAACCUCACGUCCUCAGCAAAUGUCUCUGGCUCGCCGCCCUUAGUGACGAGGAAAUCACGAGGCGCAGCCGCCAGUGUGAAUGAUUAGAUACCCCCUCUGCUUUUCUCCCCCACCAUCGUUCUUGACGGCGUUUGAGCGAGCGAGCGAGCGACCUGAAGUGGGCUUUUCAUGCUGGGAGUUUUCCUUGUUCACGUGUUUUCUGUCUCUCCUUGCUAAUACCCAUCUAUUGAGGCGCUAAAUGGUUCUGGCGCAGAUGCAUCAACCCGACACGAUUAUCACGACCCUUAUUACCGUAUCAUAUCAUACCACCGAGCUUUGUUAUUUGUACAGAGCUGAGUUGCCAUAUGGAACUUGUAGUCUAUUGUCUAGUUACUUAGAAUCUAAUCAAGACUCUCACGUGGAGAAUAAUAACGUAAUCGAUCGAAAUG